UAACAUUAAUCAAUUAAUUAGGCCUAGUUAGAAGAAAAUAUUAGCAGAGACUGCAGGCGCAGAGAGUGGUAACACUGCCAAGACAACUAUUGUGUUGCGUUUGAGAAGCCAAUGUUUAUUAUCCAUACAUUGUUUCAUUGCAGCACAGCUCAUUCAAACAUUUAUUUCAAAAUGACAUAAAAAUUGACACUUUUUUAUGAACAGGCGAUAUUAUCAUCGCCUGGUCUGAAGAGACGGCUGUGAGGGUUUUAAACAGGAAGCAGAGGUAAAUGAAACGCUAGUUGUCUUGAACGUAACUCGCUCGGUGCUCGGAGUUGUGCAACGUAUUUGUUUCAUAAAUCGUGGGAGUUUCUGAGUUCAAGCAGGGGACCAACAACACAGAAAUCAUCAGUGCAAUGCUGCUUCUCAGACGCUGUCGCAGCCUAACUCGAUUUGGCCCGCUCAACACUCAAAGGAAUCCAGUAGGACCUGCAGUUGCAUCAUGUGCUGUUCGCCUUUGGAGCAGCGGUAGCAGUGAGGAGCAGAGAUCGUACAGACAUGCACACAGGCCCAGGUGGAGACAUGCUCUGGCAGGACUGCUAGCUGGGACAGGUGCUGUUCUGGCCUACGGCCUCCACCACCACCAGGCUGAACAGUCAGACUCCACCAGUUUGCAGACCAUAGAGAAGAUCUCAACUCCUCCCAUCUUCACCCAAGAGGAGGUCAACAGUCACCGCUCUCUGGAAGAUGGUGUGUGGGUCACCUACAAAGGUGGAGUCUAUGACAUCACAGAGUUCGUGGCCAUGCACCCUGGUGGGGAAAAAAUCUUGCUGGCGGCAGGAGGAGCUCUUGAACCCUUUUGGGCGUUGUACGCUGUCCACAACCAGGAACAUGUGCUGGAAAUCCUCUCAGAGUAUAAGGUUGGUGAGCUGAGUGCAGAGGACCAAAAGAAGCAGCAGACUGUUAAAUCAUCUGAUCCCUAUUCCUCUGAUCCUGUGCGUCACCCCGCCCUGAGAAUCAACAGCCUCAAGCCUUUCAACGCUGAGCCGCCUCCUGAAAUCCUCUCUGACAGCUACAUUACCCCUUCUGCUAUCUUCUUCAAGAGAAACCACCUACCUGUUCCUCAGGUAGACCCGGAUUCUUAUCAGCUGCGGGUGGAGGGACUAUCUGAGGGAGUGCUGACGUUGUCUUUAAAAGAUCUGAAAACUAAGUUCAAGAAACACACUAUCACGGCCACGCUGCAGUGCGCUGGAAACCGCCGCUCUGAAAUGAACAAGGUGAAGCAAGUGAAAGGGCUGAACUGGGGCAUUGCUGCCAUCAGUAAUGCUACAUGGAGCGGUGCAAGGCUCAGGGAUGUUCUGAUGGAUGCUGGGUAUUAUCCUGAUGUUUCUCAGUGGGCGCGUCACGUUCAGUUUGAAGGACUGGACAAAGACGUUACCGGGACAACCUACGGUGCUUCCAUCCCCCUGAACAAAGCCAUUAGUGAGGAUGGUGAUGUGCUCCUCGCUUAUGAAAUGAACGGUGAGGAUCUCCCUGCUGAUCAUGGCUAUCCUGUACGUGUCAUCGUACCGGGCACGGUGGGUGCACGUAAUGUUAAAUGGCUGGGGAAGAUCAUAGUGAGUGCAGAGGAAAGCCACAGCCACUGGCAGCAGAACGACUACAAGGGCUUCUCCCCCGGGACCGACUGGGACACGGUGGACUUCAAGUCUGCUCCGGCCAUCCAGGAGCUUCCUAUCCAGUCAGCGAUAACCAUGCCAGCUGAUGGUGCUGUUGUGGAUCGCAGUGAUGAGGAGGUGACGGUUAAAGGUUACGCCUGGAGUGGUGGGGGAAGAGAGGUGGUGCGUGUGGACGUCUCUGUGGAUGGAGGAAAGACGUGGCAGGUAGCCCAGCUGAGGAGCAGCGAGAAGGAACAAGCACCCGCACCCUCGCCGCCACCAGGACAAGCGUGGGCGUGGAAGCUGUGGGAAGUGACGGCUCCUCUUCCUCAAGAGGCUCAGGAGCUGGAGAUAGUUUGCAAAGCAGUGGACAACAGUUACAACAUGCAGCCGGACACGGUUUCUCCCAUCUGGAACCUGCGGGGCGUGCUGAGUAACGCCUGGCACAGAGUGAAGGUGAAGGUCAGGGAGGAUUAAAGCGAGGAACAGACUCGGUGCAUUGAUCGACAUUCAGAAUCCAAAGGUAGGUUACUGACACAGAGUGGUUGGAGUGGAAGUUGUUAAAUAUAUCACUCAGAGGGGGAAAAAUGUUUUAUAGAGACUUUUGAAGUGUGACCAGAAAUACAGCAUCUUUUUUUUUUUUUUUUUAAGUAUUCAUCAAAACUUGGGCCCCUGCCUGAGAGAUUGAAUGUAUUUUCAGCGCUAACUAAGCUAAAGGCUGUAAAAGACAAAACCAAAACACGACCAGUUUUAUCUCAUGAAGAUUCACUUAGAAUGAAAUGUGCCAAUACCUGUGUUAUAAACAUGCAUCCUGAUUUAAAACCUUGUUUUAAGCAAAUGUACGAAUCUCAUUCAAGUGUAAAUGAGUAUUAGAUUUAUUAUAGUGUCAUAACUAUACAUGAAGGCUACUAGACUGAAAUGGAGUGUUUGGCGAACUCUGAAGUUUAAAACCUUUGGUGCAUCUGUUGAGCUACAACUUUGGCUUUUGCUUCUUCAGGAGACAAUAAAGUCACUUUUUCAAGGAAAAUAA